UACUUGAGACAAGCCUUUAAUGUUGUCGAUUUAUGUUAUUAUUCUACAUUUUUUACGCAACUUUGUGUAUCCACCUAAAUAUUUAUUCAGACCAUUAAAUUAUUGGAAUGUCGCUGCAGGAAAUUGUUAAAACCCCAGAACCCAAAAUUAUAAAGUCACAAGUGGACCUGAAAAAGCAUGAAAAACAAACAAGUGUUGAAAGCCCCAAAGUCAAAAUUAAAAUAAAAUCCUGCUUAAAAAAAUCAGCUGUAAGAGAAAGUAAUGGUCAUCCAAGCAUGGUGUUAAUGGAUCAAGAACCUAGACCGAAUGCUGAAAAUGUGGAGACGCCCCGGGAACAAAAAACAUUCGGGAUAAAUUCUUGUGAAAAAAAAGUUAAAGUCUCUCCUCGGAAAGUUUCUCCAACUAAGAUGCCGUCAUGGAAAACGUCGGGCAUUCCAGUUUUAAAAAAGCCCAACUUGGUGCCUGGUAAAUCCCUGAUGAGCCGCCGCCCCAAAGCUUUGAGCAUGAACACCCAGUCAUUGGAGGUGCAGUUCACCAACAAGAAGAAACGUCUGCAGCUCAUGACCAAGGACAUAUCCGAAAGGCAACAGCCAAUCAUGGAACUGUACGAAGAACUGGCCAUCAUGAAGCAAAGACUCAACCUUUUGGGGAAGAAUGUGAACCUGAAAGACAUUAAGAUUUUAACCUUUGAAGAGAUAAAAGAACAAAAGAGGCAGCAACAACAAGUGGAAAAAGAAAAGGAGAAACAUCAACGGGGUUCCGGUGAAAAUAUACCGAAAAAGUUUCGAGAAGAGUUGGAGCGACAGAAACAAAUUUCCGAAGAGGUGACUUCACAGGUUUUGGAGCUCAACAAAAAACUGGACGACAAAGAUGUUAUAUACAUCAAAGAGCUGAACCAAAAGGACAUGUUUAUAAAAAAUCUUUCAGAAAAGAUCAAGAAAUUGGAAGUGUGCGUGGAAAACGAAAAGAAAACAGCUGCAGAGUUUAAAAAUAAAAACGUUACAAAUGCUCAAACCAUAAAAACGUUAACUAGCAAAAUUUCAGAUUAUGACUGCAAAUUAAAAACUGCAGAAGAGAAAAAUGUUGAUCUGAACAAAAAAAUUAAAGAAGCUCAAGAAACAAUCAAAACACAGGAGAAAAAUUGGGACAAGGAGAAGACCGAUCUAAAUGCUACAAUUAAAGAACAACAUGAACAUCUUUCCAAAUUAAUUGAGUCCAGAAAAGACAACACUAAAACCGAAGAAAUCAACCAAAAACUGGUGGAACAAAUGGAGGAACUGAAAAAACAAUUAAUAUUUAGUAACGAAAAACUUGAACAGGAACGUUUGGAAAAGGAACAACUAAGCAAAAGUCGAGUAGAGAUCCAAAAACGACUGAUGGAGAGCAACAAACUUCUGGAUUUGGAACGACUUGAAAAAGAAAAGGCACAACAAAGGCGCAUCAAUUUGGAACGAUUCCGAUCUGGAGGAAGUUCACCAGCUAUAGAUUUGGAAGUAGUGGAAAUUGCUUCGAAAGUGCUGAUCAACAAGUUCAAGGACAGAUUUGAUCAGCUUCAACAAGAAAAAGUCGGACUGAGUCCAAUGAUCACACCACCUGUUAUACCUCCAGUAAGAAGAGACAGCAAAACAGAAAAAGAACUCGAGUCCGCCACUAAGAAGAUAUUGAAGUACCAGCAACUCGUGGCGGAAAAGGAAGAAGCCUUGAAGAAAAAAACUGACGAAUUGUCGGGGGUGGCGUCAGAAAUACGUCGCCUGAAAGUCCAACAAGAACUCCUGGAUGAGCAAAAAGGUGAAUUUGUGAAUAUCCUGGAGGAGUGCCACUCGGAACUAGACAGACAAUCGAAGCUGAGCGACGAUAACAUCAGGAAGAUCGCCGAAUUGGAAACUACUAUCCGGAAUCAAAUUAACAAGAUGGACGAGAUGCAGCAUCUAUUGCAACAGCACGAGAAAGUCGUCGAAUUGUUGAGAACCUCGCUUGAAUCACUGUUUUUGGAGAAGGAGAAUCUCACUAAUUUCGUCGUUGAAUUAAAACUACUCGUGCAAGAUGCAAACAACGAAAACUGGAAGAAGGGCCAAUUAAUAAAAGAGCUUCAGGAUAAAAUAGACGUGAGCGAAUUAACAGUUUCGGAACUGGAAAAAGAUUUGGCUGCCACGAAUGAAAGACGUCACAAGUUGGAAAAAACUAUAGGUGCGUUGGAGAAGGAACUGCAAUCAAUUAAAGCACAGAAGAACCUCGUUGUCAACAUCCAAGCCGGCAGAGAAUCUCGCAGGUCGUCCGGAAAGUUGGACUCAAAGAUAGAGGGGCUGGAGAGAUCGCGCCUGGAUAAAUUGGAUAUGUUCCCCGAGAAAGUUUCGCAGGAACAACUACCAACUGAUGCCAAGUCGUUGCUCAACGUCUCGUUGCAGAAGAUGGACUUCCUGAGGUCCCGCCUGCACAUGUUGGGAGGGCAAACGAGUCGCAAUAAUUCGAUGGGGAGGAAGACCCAGACGUUUUCUAAUCAGAGAUCCGGUAGGAAUUUCGAGAGGGUCAUGGCUCUCUCGGCGGGAAGGAGGAACUCGGAAUCUAAACGUGAUGUCGGAUGUGAAGGUGGAGGUUAUCAUUGCUCAGAGUUUGAUUAUGAAGAGGUGUCUAUGGUUCUGGACAAAUUGCCAGUGUUGACUGCUAGUGCUAUGACUCAAGAAGACGUCGAACUGCUUGGGCAAGAGCAGUGAUUUUUUAUUAGUAAACUAAUUAGGAAUAAAUUGUGUACGUGAUAAUGAACAUAAUUUCUUUGUACUAUUUCAUAAUCUAGGUAAAUAUACAAGUAGUACUGUA